CCUAGGAAAACUGGCGGGAAUCGCACCGUUCUCUGCUCUCAAACCCCUCAACUCAACGCUCUCACGUGCUCUCUUCCCGCUCUCCUCACCCACAACCGAUGAACAGAGGCGGAAACUCCAGGAAGCGGCCGCCCCCGGCCCAGACUCCACCGGCGGCGAAGCAUCAGGCCACCGACACUUCGACUCCGUCGCCGGCGGUCGGAGCACUAGAGGAUGAGUUCUUGGACGAGGAUGUGUUCCUUGACGAAACCCUAUUGUACGGCGAAGAGGACGAGGAUUCGCUCAUCCUCCGCGAUAUGGAGGAGCGUGAAGCGAUUGCUUCGCGGUUGUCGAAAUGGGUUCGACCUCCGGUCUCAUCUGCUUUUCUCUCUCACUCGCAGAACAUCGUUUUCCAGCAAUUGGAGAUUGAUUAUGUGAUUGGGGAGAGCCACAGGGAGCUCUUGCCUGGUUCGUCAGGUCCAGCGGCGAUCAUUAGGAUUUUUGGGGUUACAAGGAAAGGUCAGAGCGUAUGUUGCCUUGUUCAUGGAUUUGAACCAUACUUCUACAUUGCUUGCCCCCCUGGAAUGGGAGCAGAUGAUAUCUCUCGUUUCCAUCAGAUUCUUGAGGGAAGGAUGAGAGAAUCCAGUAAAAAUAGCAAGAUCCAAAGAUUUGUCUGUCGAAUAGAAGUGGUGCAGAAACAGAGCAUUAUGUAUUACCAGCAACAAAAGUCUCAACCUUUCCUCAAGAUUGUAGUUGCAUUGCCGACUAUGGUUGCUACCUGCCGUGGUAUUCUUGAUAGAGGCAUACAAAUUGAUGGUUUGGGUACGAAGAGCUUUAAAACAUAUGAGAGCAAUGUCCUUUUUGCUCUUCGCUUCAUGAUCGAUUGCAAUGUUGUUGGUGGAAAUUGGAUCGAAGUGCCUGCUGGGAAAUAUAAGAAGGCAGCAAAGACUUUAUCAUACUGCCAAAUGGAGUUUGAUUGCAUGUACUUAGAUUUGAUCAGUCAUGCUCCAGAAGGUGAAUACUCAAAAAUGGCUCCCUUCCGUAUUUUAAGUUUUGAUAUUGAGUGUGCUGGUCGUAAAGGACACUUUCCGGAGCCUAAGCACGAUCCUGUAAUCCAGGUUGCCAACCUCGUUACUCUACAGGGAGAGGAUCAGCCAUUUGUACGUAAUGUCAUGACUCUUAAGUCAUGUGCUCCAAUUGUAGGCGUAGAUGUGAUGUCUUUUGAAACAGAACGAGAAGUCUUGCUAGCCUGGAGGGACUUGAUUCGUGAAGUUGAUCCUGAUAUCAUAAUCGGUUAUAACAUUUGCAAAUUUGAUUUACCUUAUCUUAUUGAGAGAGCCGAAACCCUUGGAAUUGCGGAAUUCCCUAUCCUUGGUCGUAUAAAGAACAGCAGAGUUCGUGUCAAGGAUACAACAUUUUCAUCAAGACAAUAUGGAACUAGGGAAAGCAAAGAGGUUACAAUUGAAGGGAGACUUCAGUUUGAUCUGCUUCAGGUGAUGCAAAGAGAUUACAAAUUGAGUUCUUACUCGUUGAAUUCCGUCUCAGCACACUUUCUUUCUGAGCAGAAAGAAGAUGUCCACCAUUCAAUCAUAUCUGAUCUUCAGAAUGGAAAUGCAGAAACACGGAGGCGGCUUGCCGUUUACUGUUUGAAGGAUGCAUAUCUUCCGCAGAGGCUCUUGGACAAAUUGAUGUUUAUAUACAAUUAUGUUGAAAUGGCUCGUGUAACUGGUGUCCCUUUCUCUUUUCUUCUUUCUAGAGGACAGAGCAUCAAGGUCCUAUCUCAGCUUCUAAGGAAAGCUAAACAGAAGAACCUGGUUCUUCCGAAUGUCAAACAAUCAGGAUCUGAACAAGGAACUUAUGAAGGGGCAACAGUUUUGGAAGCAAAAGCUGGAUUCUAUGAGAAGCCAAUCGCAACACUGGAUUUUGCAUCACUAUACCCUUCAAUUAUGAUGGCAUAUAAUCUAUGUUACUGUACCUUGGUGCCACCUGAAGAUGCACGUAAACUGAAUCUUCCACCGGAAUGUGUUAAUAAAACUCCAUCAGGGGAAGCAUUUGUUAAGUCAAGCUUGCAAAAGGGGAUACUCCCAGAAAUUCUUGAAGAGCUUAUUGCUGCCCGAAAAAGAGCAAAGUUGGAUCUAAAGGAUGCUAAGGAUCCUCUGGAGAAGGCUGUUCUGGAUGGUAGACAGCUGGCAUUAAAGAUAAGUGCAAAUUCCGUGUAUGGGUUUACUGGAGCCACAGUAGGGCAGUUACCAUGCUUAGAAAUAUCUUCCAGUGUAACAAGCUAUGGCCGUCAGAUGAUUGAACAGACAAAGAAACUUGUAGAAGAUAAAUUUACAACAUUAGGAGGGUAUAAACAUAAUGCAGAGGUUAUUUAUGGAGACACAGAUUCCGUUAUGGUGCAAUUUGGAGUUUCUGAUGUAGAAGCUGCAAUGACAUUGGGGAGAGAAGCAGCAGAAUAUAUUAGUGGGACUUUCACUAAACCCAUCAAAUUGGAGUUUGAGAAGGUCUACUUCCCAUAUCUGCUCAUUAGCAAAAAGAGGUAUGCUGGUUUGCUGUGGACAAGUCCACAAAAAUUUGACAAAAUGGACACCAAAGGAAUUGAAACUGUCCGAAGGGAUAACUGUUUGCUGGUUAAAAACCUCGUGAACGAGUGUCUUCACAAAAUACUAAUUGAUAGAGAUAUUCCUGGUGCGGUUCAGUAUGUUAAGAAUACAAUUUCAGAUCUUCUCAUGAACCGUGUUGAUUUAUCCCUUUUGGUGAUUACUAAGGGUUUAACUAAAACAGGGGAUGACUACGAAGUUAAAGCAGCACAUGUGGAACUUGCUGAACGCAUGCGCAAGAGAGAUGCUGCAACUGCACCAAAUGUUGGGGAUCGAGUUCCGUAUGUAAUUAUAAAAGCAGCCAAAGGUGCAAAGGCCUAUGAACGGUCAGAAGAUCCAAUCUACGUGCUUGAGAAUAACAUCCCUAUAGACCCGAAUUAUUACCUAGAGAACCAAAUUAGCAAGCCACUUCUAAGGAUAUUUGAGCCGAUCUUGAAAAAUGCUAGCAAGGAACUUCUCCAUGGAAGUCACACGAGGUCAAUAUCGAUUUCUACUCCUUCAAACAGUGGCAUAAUGAAAUUUGCCAAGAAACAAUUGAGCUGCAUUGGUUGCAAAGCCUUGAUUAGAGAGGGAACACUAUGCUCACACUGCAAAGGAAGAGAAGCUGAACUAUACUGCAAAACAGUUUCCCAGGUGUCAGAGCUAGAGGAGCUUUUCGGGAGGCUGUGGACUCAGUGUCAAGAGUGCCAAGGCUCUCUUCACCAGGAUGUACUUUGCACCAGUCGGGAUUGUCCAAUAUUUUACCGGAGAAAGAAAGCACAAAAGGACAUGGCUGAGGCCAAGCAACAGCUCGACAGGUGGAACUUCUAAGUAUCCAUUCCAGUUGGUUUGUCUCUCUUCUCCUCUCCUCUGUACUUUGAAUGUCAUAAAAGGAAGAGAAAGAAAGAAAGAAACUGUUUGUGUUUAUGGGUAGAGAGAGAGAGAGAGAGAGAGAGAGGGAGGGGUUUCCCAUUCGGAGACAAAUCAGAACUGAAGGCUGGAAUGAUUUGUGUGAUAGAAGAAGGGCUUUUUUUCCUUAAUGUUUCUCAUUGAAUUGCUUCUAGGAAGAAAAAGAGCUUCUGUUUGUGGAUCCACUUCCAAAAUCCUCGUGAAGGCUCCUUCCUUGUGUUGACCAGUCUCUGUCAUUGUUAAAAUGAUUUUUGUUUGUUGUUAAAAUUUUUUUAUAUA